AAAAAUAAAAGUCGAAUAUUUAAUAUUUAUUUAUAAAUUUUUUCCCCGUGCUGUAAUUUUUUUUAAACUCAAAUUUGGUCACACUGCACUAGCGUCGGUCUAUUUAUAAUUAUUUUGUUCCCGCGACUUUUCAAAGCGUCUUAUAUUGUAAAAUGAGUUUUUUGAGUAAUAGCAGCACCAUUCACGUGGAAGUUCGAUUACGAGGAAACGUUGCCCGCUCGAAUGAAAGUCGCGCCAGCAUAGAGACAACCCUGCAGGAAUAUUUUCAAUCGGCCAGAAAUGUACCCAGAAAUAUUGCAUUUUUGCCGGAUCCCUUGCAUGAUGAAAAUCAGUUAGUAGAAUCCGUGCUUGUGGAGCGUGACAAUGGUGACGGACAGCCUUUAAAGGCCACUGAAAAUAGAUUUCGCUUCCAUUUCUAUGCGGCCAAGCCGUGGGAGGCGCAAAAUGGACUUUUUUCAUCAGCAGCCUGUGGAGAUUCGGAUGGCCUGGAUAGCGUGGUGGCGGCGAAUCAUUAUCUUCUCCCCGCCGCCGAGUUUGUGGGCCUGUGGGAGAACCUCAUUUAUGAGCCGGGGCUUAAGGAGAAGCUUCUUAAGUUUGCUCUUUCUGCACUGAUGUUCUCGCAGCAUAAUGUAGACAAGAAUGUAAUUGCCUGUAACCGGCUGAUAUUGCUUCAUGGGCCUCCCGGCACGGGAAAGACGAGCCUUUGUAAAGCGCUGGCCCAGAAGUUGGCCAUUCGGACUGAAGGGAAAUACGCUUACACCCAUCUAGUGGAGAUUAACAGCCACAGCCUGUUUUCAAAGUGGUUUUCAGAAAGCGGCAAACUCGUGGCACGACUAUUCGAGAAGAUCGCGGAGCUGGUCGCAGAUAGCAACAAUCUGGUUUGCGUACUAAUUGACGAAGUGGAGUCUUUGGCCUAUGCCAGGAGUGCAAUGUCUAGUAAUGAGCCUAGAGAUGCAAUGCGAGUGGUGAACGCAGUGCUGACCAAGCUGGAUGACAUAAAAUUCUUUCCGAACGUACUCAUCUUCGCCACCUCCAAUCUGGCCCAAAGCAUAGACCUUGCCUUCCUGGAUCGCGCCGACAUUAGGCUCUUUAUUGGAUAUCCUGGCAUGUCCGCUAUUCGUGCCAUUUACAAGAGCAUGCUGUUUGAGCUUAUGUCAGCGAAAGUUUUGCAGCGCGAAGGUCUGGAGGCGGAAGACGCCGAGGAGGGUCUGUUGACCCAGUUGGCUGAGCGAAGUGUUGGCCUAAGUGGCCGCACGCUGCGGAAGCUUCCUCUUUUGGCCCACGCCCAGUACACCAGCAGUGCUCUGUUCGAAAUGGACCAGAAGAUCAGCCUGUCGGACUUCCUAGACGCAAUGCUGGAGGCCUUGGAGCAGCAUUUGGCCGAGCAGCGCCUGUUGAAACUGGAAUCCUUGGAGGAACUCUGAAGCAACAGGAAAGCGCACGAGAAAAAAAAUCUGAAUUUCCUAAACCUACUCCUAAGUCCAUCAAAUGCGAUACUUUGUAAACUUCAAUUUGCUGCUAUGAAAAACAAUCCGUAGCAGAGGCACGGGUCCAAUCCCCA